AUGUCGACCAACGGCGAAGCACGUACUAAGCGCCGCGCCAGCCCAAUUUCUGCCAUUGAGCGACCGAAGAAGCAACUGAAGCAAGAGAACGGAGUAACGACGCCAGGAGAAGCGACUCCAAGAAACGGCUCAGUGUAUGAUAUCGAUCCCACCCAGCAAGACACCGUCCCGGUCCUCCCCACUGCCGCAGCCGCUGGCGACUCACCCGAAUGGCAAGCGACAAUAGAAAAGGUCAUCAAGAGCGUAGUAUCUAUCCAUUUCUGCCAGACUUGUUCCUUUGAUACAGAUUUGUCGACGUCGAGUCAGGCAACGGGCUUUGUGGUGGAUGCGGAGCGAGGCUACAUCCUCACGAAUCGCCAUGUUGUUGGCUCAGGACCUUUCUGGGGCUACUGUUGCGACGUACGGCCUGUCUACCGCGAUCCUGUCCACGACUUCGGUAUCCUCAAAUUCGAUCCCAAAGCCAUCAAGUACAUGGACGUAACUGCCUUGAAACUACAACCAGAGUCAGCAAAGGUCGGCGUUGAGGUUCGAGUGGUUGGUAACGAUGCCGGAGAAAAGCUGAGCAUUCUGUCCGGCGUCAUCAGUCGUCUAGACCGAAAUGCUCCAGAAUAUGGCGAAGGGUACAGCGACUUCAACACAAAUUACAUUCAGGCCGCAGCUGCUGCAACAGGAGGCUCGUCUGGCAGUCCGGUCGUCAACCUCAACGGAAACGCCAUUGCCUUGCAAGCUGGCGGUCGCGUCGACGGCGCUGCCACAGACUACUUCCUACCUCUCGAUCGACCAGCCCGAGCGCUACGUUGUCUACAACAAAAUGAACCAAUCACGAGAGGGACAAUACAGACUCAGUGGACGGCUAGCUUGACGCCGAACUGGGAAUCUGCGGCACGAAAAGCGUUUCCCAAGGACAACAGCAUGCUCGUUGCAGAAGUGGUCUUACCUGAAGGUCCUGGUGACAAGAAGAUCCAAGAGGGCGACGUGUUGAUUAAGGUCAAUGGCGAACUUCUCACGUCAUUCGUUAAGCUCGAUGCAAUACUAGACUCCAGCGUUGAUCGGAAGGUGCACUUGCUUGUUCAACGAGGAGGCGAGGACAUCGAAUUCUCGUUAGACGUUGGCGAUCUCCACGCCAUUACACCUGAUCGCUUCGUGACCGUCGCUGGUGGCAGUUUCCACAACCUCUCAUACCAACAAGCCCGGCUGUAUGCUAUUGCCUGCAAAGGACUCUAUGUAUGUGAAGCGGCCGGCUCCUUCAAGAUGGAAAGCUCUCUUUCUGGCUGGAUCAUCGACAGUGUGGAUCAGAAACCUACACCUGAUCUCGAUACAUUCAUCGAAGUCAUGAAGACAAUACCGGACAAAGCUCGAGUCGUCAUUUCGUACCGGCAUAUUCGCGAUCUCCACACGAAAGCCGUGAGCGUUGUUCACAUUGACCGGCACUGGCACCCAAAGAUGCGACUCUCGGUCCGCAAUGAUGAGACAGGGCUCUGGGACUUCAAAGAUGUGGACAAGGCACUCGAGGCGCAGCCAUUGGAACCCAAGUCAGCCAGCUUCAUACAGCUUGAUGGAGUAACACAACCUGCAGCUGCUGAGAUCGUACGAUCUUUUGUCAAAAUCUCCUGCUAUAUGCCCGUUAAGAUCGAUGGCUACCCACAAGCACGUCGAAACUGCUUUGGAGUAGUCAUUGAUGCCGAGCAAGGGCUGGUGAUUGUGUCACGAGCCAUAGUGCCCUACGACUUGUGCGAUAUCACUGUGACUGUUGCAGAUUCGAUACAAGUCGAAGGCAAAGUCGUCUUCUUGCACCCUCUGACGAACUACACGAUUGUCAAAUAUGAUCCGACAUUAGUCAAUGCGCCCGUCAAGACCGCGAAGCUGUCAGACGAAAUGAUGAAGCAAGGUCAGGAGACGAUCUUUGUCGGCUUUAACCAGAAUCAGAGAGUCGUGGUAGCCAAAACAACAGUCACAGACAUCACGGCGGUAGGGAUUCCAGCAAAUGCCGCAGCGCCUCGGUAUCGUGCUGUCAACCUGGAUGCCAUCACUGUCGAUACCAGUCUCAGCGGACAAUGCUCGUCAGGAGCUCUCAUUGGCAGUGACGGCACUGUGCAGGCAUUAUGGAUGGCUUACAUGGGUGAGCGCACGCAGGGCUCGAAUAGGGAUACCGAGUAUCACCUGGGUCUGGCUACAUCGAUGAUCAAACCCAUGGUAGACGACAUUCGACAUGGCAUUAUCCCGAAGUUACGAAUACUGAACAUUGAAAGCUACGUGAUCCAGAUGUCACAAGCCCGCAUCAUGGGCGUGUCAGAUCAGUGGAUUUCCAAGGUAGCGGAAGCCAACCCUGCGCGACAUCAGCUUUUCAUAGUGAGGAAGGUGGACUGUGGGCCUGCGAAUGGCGAGACCGACGGGCAAUCUCUGCAAGAAGGCGACAUCAUCCUCACACUGAACGAUCAACUCAUUACAAGAGUCUCAGAGUUUGACAUCAUGUACGACAAGGAGUAUCUGGACGCAUUGGUGGUUCGUCAUGGCAAGGAGUUGCAGCUUAAGGUGCCGACAGUGCCAACGGAAGACCUGGAGACGAGGAGAGCCUUGAUCUUCUGCGGAGCGGUGUUGCAGAAACCACAUCAUGCGGUGCGACAACAGAUCAGCAAGCUACACUCGGAAAUCUAUGUCAGUGCUAGGAGUCGGGGGUCACCGGCAUAUCAGUACGGACUAGCACCGACGAACUUCAUCACUCAUGUGAACGGCGUCAAGACCAACGACCUGGACUCAUUCAUGCAGGAAGUGAGCAAGAUUGACGACAACACGUACUUCCGACUUCGAGCAAUGACAUUCGACAAUGUGCCGUGGGUGGUGACAAUGAAGAAGAACGAUCACUACUUCCCAAUGUCGCAAUACAUCAAAGAUCCGAGUAAGCCAACAGGCUGGCAGGUCGUGUCGUACAGUAACAAGCGGAAAGAGGACGAGGGUGCUCCAGUCACCGCCGAAAACAUGGAGGAGGGUGCCGACGAUGGCAGUGGCGCGGAGGAGCCAGAGUGUCGAUAA